AUGACAACGAAUAGUAGCAACCUGAAGCUCUCUGGAAAUAUAGUCAGUCUCACAAGCAAGCAACCCCAGCACACACAGCAGCAACAGCAGCCGCCACAGCACCAGCACCUCUCGUUACAGCAGCACCAACAGCAGUUACAGCACCAGCACCUGCAGCAGCAAUUCCAGAAGCAGAAACUGAAGCAUCAGCUCCACCAGCAACAGCAACAGCAGCAGUUCCAGCAGCAGUCGGCCCAUCCCGUGUUCCCGUCGGCGGCAACCAAUGGUCUGAAGCCUUCGGCCGUCGGUGGAGGACUAGCUCCGAAUGGGCUCGUGAGUGGCAUACCGCAGCAGCAGCAAAGCGUGCCGUCGCCGACCGCCGGUAGCCACAUCCCGCCCCGGUACCAACCGCCACCGCAACCCCACGGCGGAGGUAUCCUGAAGAACGGCUAUACGAACGGGCACCUGAAGGCCUACCAGAGGCACGACAACCCCGGGGCCGCACUCCCGAACGGGUUCAACGGCAGCAAACAGCAGCAGCAGCAACAGCAACAGCAGCACUACGGGUCCGAGAACCUGAAGAGGCCCCCGAACCCUUCGCGGCUUCUAGCCCCCCGCCAGCACAUCCGCUUCUCGAACCUGCCGCCCGUCGUGAACGGUGGGACUUCCGCACUAAGUCAGCAAUCUCAGUCACUUCAGCAGCAGCAGCCACUGCAAGCCCAUCACCACCUGCCCCACACGCGCCUUAGCUCCGAGUCUUCGUCCGAGGAUCAGACGACCAGCUCGACGCGAUCGCUGCAGGCGCACCUGGCGCACGCGAAACCUAGCCCACCCGUCGCCACCGCAGCCACCGCCGCCCCGCACCUCCACCAGACGACGGCCAUCGUCCAUCACCACCCCGCUGGGCAGCAGCAGCAGCAGCAGCCGCCCAGCGCUAACGGCCCUGUCAGCGGAGGUGGCCCCGCACAUCCGGCUCUCGCCGCCAAACCGGGGCAGCCUCCGGUGUCGAACCUGCCCACGGCCACCCAUCAGCAGCAGCAGCAGCAGCAGCAGCAGGUCCAUCCGGUUCAGGUGCACCCACAUCCGCAACAGCAGGAGAUGCUGAAGUUCGUCCGGAAAGCCGAGUCCGAGACCUCCUCGACACCGACCUCGUCGAGCGGGGGCGGUGGAGGCGGUGGGGGCAGCGGAGGUGGCCGUAUAUCGGCGCUCGAGCAGAAUCGACACUUCCAGAAUCUACUGGCCGAGUUGCGGGCACUGAAAGAGGCUAACCAACGGUUGAGUGACGACAAUCAGGAGCUGCGGGACCUGUGUUGCUUCCUGGACGACGAUCGGCAGAAGGGCCGCAAGUUGGCCCGGGAAUGGCAACGGUUCGGCCGGUACACGGCCAGCGUUAUGAGGCAGGAGGUGUCCGCGUAUCAGACGAAACUGAGACAGCUGGACGAUAAGCAACAGGAGCUGAUCCGGGACAAUCUCGAGCUGAAGGAACUCUGUCUGUAUCUGGACGAGGAGCGGAACAACACGAACGGCCGGGUAGCGGCCACCGUCUGUUCGGGCUGUGGCUCGAACGGGACGACGACGAAUGCGGUUCCGCUCCGGGACGACGGUGACGGUAGCAGCUCGAGCACGAAUGCCGACGAAACCCUGCACAACAUUGGCCAGUUCGGUCGCAACGGAAUGACGGACCUCAACAUGCGAUCGACGCUCAACGACCAGACGCUCCAGUACGUGCGGGCCCUCGAGUCCCGGAUACGGCAGCUAGAGGAGGAACGGGCCGUGGUGUUGAAUAACUCGGCGGUUGCCACCACAAACGGUGGUGGUGGAGGAGGAGGUCAGGUGACCUCUGGUGGGGAUCCAAUUUCCGGACGGCCCGAAGCCGUCGUGAGGGCACUGCAAGUGCUCGAGGUGCGCGAGCAGCUGGAACGCGAGCGGAUCGGUACGACGCCACCGGAUCAGCUGGACGACGGCGAGAAGGCGCUGGUCCGCGAGAUGUGCAAUGUGGUGUGGCGCAAGCUGGAGGAGGCUCCCAACACCGGCAUCGAUCAGCACGUCUGACCACCACCCGAUGGUUGGAUGGUCCAAUUUCAAACACGACGAUGUACAAAUUAAUCCUAAUGAAGCGCCCGGCAGCGGCAACAGUCCACUAUGAAGAUCAAAUCUUUCACGUUCUACGUCACGGGGUGGAGACGAUCCGAGGGCGAUCUUGUGCGCGACACAAGAACUACUCUCAGAGGUCCAAACGGUCCCACAACAUUCCCGAAUCCCUUCGAGAGAGCGCUCAUGCGAGAGAGGCGCCCACGGGCCGGGCGAGCCAGGGGGAAACGAGCAUCGGCCACUGCUAGGUUUAGUGUAUUUAUCUUCGGUCAUCGUUUAUGUUAGGGCUAUGGGUGUGCCGUUCGUUUCCCUCGGGAUCCUUGCGGUGAUUCCUGGUGCCGGUGCGGCCCCGCAUGACGCGCUCUGGUGACCCUCGGCUCGGAGAAGAAGAUGUACAAGCUUUAGCGUAGUAGGUGACAACAGUUGCGGCCACACGUUCCGCCAGAGCCAGAGUCACAGGGAUACAGGUAGAUGGGUGCGGCUUUUAUCCAUUUUAUAUUGUAUCUGUAGCGUUAUCAUAGCUCUUCGCUUUGCCCGUCGGAAGUGAUCAUUGUGCAAACACGGCGGACGCGACGAUUUGGUCGCGGCGGGCAACAUCAGAGGCGGGUUGAGGCCGCCCGAUUGGCUUUACUGUAACAGGAUAGGCUAGGGCUAGGGCUAGCAGAUAACAAGGCUUCUUUUUACACAUACACUAAACCUGUACAGAAACGAGCGACGAGAGGGACAAACGAGGCAACGGGAGGCGCGUGUAACGUUUAAGGCGUUGAUAAGUGUUGUUUUAUGUAU